AAACAAGUGAAGUGACUAACCAAAAUUUGAUUCUGGUUUGAUCCAUUUUUUGCAAUCAAAUUUCAAUCAUCUCUUUUCAGUGCUAUAAAUAAUAAUUAUAAUCCCAAUAUUAAUUCGAAUUUACGUAGUUUUAAAACCUUUCGAUCUAAAAUGCCUGUUCAAGAAAUCAUCGCCACCAAGGUAAUUGUGCAUCCUUUGGUAUUGCUCAGUGUAGUAGACCAUUAUAAUCGUAUGGGCAAAACCGGGAAUCAGAAAAGAGUUGUUGGUGUUUUAUUGGGUAGCUGGAAAGGCAAAGGUGUCUUAGAUGUGUCGAACAGCUUUGCAGUUCCCUUUGAUGAAGACGAUAAGGAUAAAUCGGUUUGGUUUUUGGAUCACGACUACCUGGAAAAUAUGUAUGGAAUGUUCAAAAAAGUUAAUGCUCGAGAAAAGAUUGUCGGCUGGUAUCACACAGGACCGAAAUUACAACAGAAUGAUAUCGCUAUCAAUGAAUUGAUCAGACGUUAUACUCCUAAUUCGAUAUUAGUCAUUAUCGACGCCAAACCCAAAGAUCUCGGCUUACCUACCGAAGCAUAUAGAGCUGUUGAAGAAAUUCACGAUGAUGGUAGCCCGACAGGAAAAACUUUCGCUCAUGUGCCUAGUGAAAUCGGUGCAGAGGAAGCUGAAGAAGUUGGAGUCGAGCACUUACUUCGUGAUAUCAAAGAUACUACAGUUGGUUCAUUAAGUCAACGACUGACGCGUCAGCUUAAUGGUUUGAAAGGGUUAGAAGAAAAAAUAGUUGAGAUUAAGAAUUAUCUAAUUGAGGUUGAAGAAGAUGCUAUGCCAAUGAAUCAUCAAAUUUUCUAUCAGCUUCAAGAUAUUUUCAAUCUAUUGCCAGAUAUUAGUAAACAAAAUUUUGUCGAAUCAUUGCAUGUUAAGACAAACGAUCAGAUGUUGGUUGUGUAUGUAACAUCUUUAAUUAGAACGAUCAUAGCUCUGCACAAUCUUAUCAAUAAUAAAUUAACGAAUCGAGAUGCUGAGAAGAAAGAUAUUAAAAAACCCGAAGAGAAAAAAGAAGAAGUUAAGGAAGAAAAAAAAGAAGUCAAAGUUAAAUAAAAAUAUUUUAUGUUGGAUUUCUAAAAUAAUUUUUUUUUUCAUAUUGUAUGUAUUUUGUAAUAAUUUUCAAUAAAAGUAAUAUUGUA